CGGCAUGCAGCCUCAAGCCCGGCAUGUCGCUGCGACGCACAGUGGACGUGCCGGGCACCGCCGCGGGGUGGAAUGACGUCACCGAUCAAUUCGUGGCCGCGCUGCCGCCCGUGCCGAGUGCACUGGCCACGGUGCGCGCGCCAUCCGGCUGCCGGCUCGCCCUCAUCGACCCGGCGAUCCUUGCGGUUGGUCCGGCGUGCGACGUGGCUCCGCGUCGGCUCUGGGGCGAAACUGUCUCGCUUGCCGUGAGAGACGGCUCGCCGCUCCUGCCGUGCUCAGCCCGGCUGCUCGUCCUCGGCGACGGCGAUCCGGAGGCGUCGUGGGAGGGCGGUGUGCUCGACGUGAGCAUCGAGGCGGCCGACCCACUGCUCGAGCAGCAGCGCGGCGCGGCCGGCGGCGAGGCGUUUGCGCAGGCAGCCCUCCGCACGGCGCUCGCGGCGGGCGGGGCAGACGCGGCGGCGGUCGCCGCGCUGGAGACGGCGGAGGAGCCGUCGCCUGCGAGCCGAGUGUACGAGACGUUCGUGGCGCGGUGGGCGGAGGACGUCCACGGCGAGGCGUUGCUGCCGGCAGCGAGGCGCGCCGCCCACCACAUACUCCACCUCUUCCGCGAGCAGGCCGCGGCGGCCGCCGCGUACUUGCGCAACAACGACGCGGCCGUCGACGCAGGCCGCGCGCGUUUGCCGGCGCAUCGCGUCCACUUGGUACUUGACAAUGUCCGGUCGGCGUACAACGUCGGCUCAAUCUUCCGGACGGCCGACACGGCGCGUUGCGCCGAGGUGAUCACCUGCGGCUUCACGCCGCACCCGCCCAAUCCGAAGCUCGCGAAGACGGCCUUUGGUGCGAUCGAGUCGGCCGUCCGCGCGCUGCAGGCCGGCGGAGCCGGCGGAGUCGCCGUGUACGCGAUGGAGACGACGGAGCGAUCGCAGGCCUACAGCACGGUCGCCUUUCCGCCCGGCGGCGUCGCCCUUGUGCUUGGCAACGAGCAGAUCGGCGUCGACACGGACGUGCUGGCCGCCGUGGACGGCAUCGUCGAGAUCCCGACCUUUGGGGUGAAGAACUCGCUCAAUGUGGCCAGCGCCGCGACCGUCGUCGUGUUUUGA